AACUAAUACAUCUAUAGACUUAUCAUGACACGGUCUCCUCUCCUUCCUCAUUCAGCCAUCUUUUCAUCCGAAUAUCCACAAAACUGGCAAAGAUGGCGAAAGUGUGAGAAGGGAUUUUGGUCAAGCAACUUCCUUGGCCGAAUGAUGAACCCACGGCAAAGGCUGGCCGAGACUAUUGCGCCAUCGAUCCUGCAGCAGACGUGGUCUCGGCAAUCCCCUACCGUUGCUAACUCAGCAGCAGGGCGAGCGCCUGCAAAGCCAGGCUCCGCUAUCGCUCCACCGCCGAUACAGCUUUCCUCCGUCUGCUCCUCCGCCAGUCCCUCUUUCACUAGCCUGCAUCCUGCUCCGCCGUCCGCUUCUGUCUUCUGGCAUUUCGGAGCCAUCUCUGUCUCAUCCCAUCGCGCUUUUAAAAGACCCAGCUUGUAAAGAGCAGGCAAUCAUUCCUUGCGGCUUUUUCAGCCGUUGGAAAACGAGGAUGCAUCGCCUCCUCCCCGCUGACGACCCCCACUACUGCCAGCGGAAGGCAAGAAGACACCUCAAUUUCAGUGAGGUAGGACAGUGACGCAAUCAAAAAACUGCAAGUGGUAGUUGCCAGGGAAAUACCCGUUGGAUUGUCCACAGAAACAGGUUUAUUCCUGGGUAAAGCAUCCUUGUGUGGUUGCAGUCUCUUUUCGGGGGGAAAAUGGCCGCUUAAUUGGAGCUUGACAAAGCCUUUGUUGGUUUGAAAAUGUUCCGCGUUCUUCUGCCAUUCGCUAGUCAUCCCUCCUCCCCCCAAAAAGCAGACAUGAGCGAUGAAAGUGAUUGACAGAAACAUUCCGACAUGACGGAGUGGCACAGCAGGGGAGAAAAGAAAAGUUCGUUGGAUGAAGGUUGACAAGUGAGUGAUCUCCUCCUUGCAUUUCGCAUACUUGCGUUUGGCAGACUUGAUUGAAUAAAGAUGUUCUCCGACACGGACAUGUGAAAUAGUACAGAACAUCCUCCUCCUCCUUUUUUUUGUGCGUCUGGCAGGCGUGAGUUUUUUUUUUUCUCCUCCUCACCUGUCGUUGGCGCGGAAGCAUAUUGAGUUGUUAACAAUGACACAACGGGCAUGUCAUCGACAGACCUGACACUAAAUUUUAUGAUCGGCUCUUCAUUAUCAUUGAUUAACCAGCAAGGAUUUGCAACAAAGAUGGUAACACGAAAAGUCGGAUAUUUCUCGAUAAUCCUCAAUCAACAAUUGAAGAACAAUCGACCAACUCGAGCAUAGUAAAAACACAAAAAGAAGUUCUCGGAGAUCGCCAUGUUUAUUACUGUUAUGCUUCAGUGACUCCAAAGGCUAAAACAGUUUUUGUCGAUCGGAAAAGACAUCCAGGAGAAGCUGUGUGGGCUCAAACAAACAGAGAAGCCACAUCUGGAAAAGUCUUUAUAUCCUCAAGAAAGUGAAUCCGUCUUUCAGGUAACAGGACCUGCUUGAAGGUGCGUUUAAUCUUCCGCUCUCUUAUGUCAGAUAACACGAAUUGCUGCGGAAAAAUAUAGAAAAUAUUGACGAGCUCCUGUCCGAGAACAAAUUGAGUGCAAUCCUCUUAUUUGCUUAGUAGACUUAGAAAAAUCUAUUCCCUUGGUAACAUGCUUGAGCCGUCUGCCCCAGCGAUGAAAUAUACCCACGCGGAGAGAAAAGAAAACUAGCUAGGUACAGCAAAUAUUGCCACCGACUACACGGAGAAAGAUUCGAAGUGACAUUUUGAGUGUUCUUCUCAGAACGAACACAUGUUUAUUCUCCUUCCUAAGUGGAGGUUAAAAAAAGGGAAAGAAAUGGUGAAAUAAAUGAACCAAGUGCAUCCUCUCCAUCUUCAAUUACUUUUCUGAAACGAGCAGCAGUGCUAGGGCUGUCUUUCUACAAGAGGCUUACGCCGUCUUGAAAGGAAUGACCACUCCGACAUCUUCCGCUAGAGAGUUGCGGGCCUUGGCAACGCCUCGCAGGAGGCAGCGGUGAGUGUCGGGGGGAGAACUGCUGGGAGAAGCUGCUGGGGAGAUAAGCACAGCUCCUCCACUUCAUGCGACGGAAUGAUUGGGUUCAAUUACCACUGUGAUAAUUACAGCGCCGGUCCGAGCCGCAACACAGACACAGUUGUCCUCCGGGUGUGUGAGCCGGGUGAGGUGGCUGGCCGGGUGUGAGCACCACCAUGUCUCCAUACCUGUGAUGGAUCGCAUGGCGACACAGUGUGCAGCCACGGGAUCGUGGGUGCUGGCGACGAUGGUGGCGGUGCUGGGGUUGCUGCUUCAAGCCUCAGCAACGGUUUCUCCGGCGGCGGACAUGCAGCAAUGUCCACGGUCUCUCUACGACUGCAACACUCUGGAAACGACGUUGUCAGGGGUUGCGGAUGUCAUCCUGAUGCCGGAUUUCGUGUCAUCAGUUCACGGAGACAUCGCCGUGGAAGAGAUUUGCAGAUUUCUGAAGACACCCAUGUGUUCGGAUGCUGUUCUGGCCGAGUGUAAAGGGGAGGUAGUCUACGCCAGUGGCGCCCUCAAGUCAAGAAUCCAGUACGUUUGUGGCAACAGGCAGACUAGGAAAGGAAUGCAGGAGCUCAAGUCAUGCUUCAGGCGUUUUCACAGACAUUUCCAGCACUGCAGCACCAAGAGAAAGGAUCAGUUAGACAGCCUACGAUGGUACCCUCCUUCUACAGCUUCUCCACACCCUUGGUGCAACCUGACCCAGGACUACAUCAUGUGUGUGUACAGCGUCAUGGCGCUAGGGUGUACAAUGGAGGUGGCGGAAGAAUACAUGGGUACAGUCAACAUGUCGGCCCCUGUGGUGCAGGCUAUUCUCGGGUACGGCUGCUCCUUCGGUCACCCGCUGGACGUUCUGCGAACCACGUCGCCAGUGUCCGUCAUGACCUCUGCCCCCAUUCGGGCGGAGGACCCGUCUGCGAACAGACCGGACUACCGCUCUGGAGCCAGGAGGAUGUGGAGUGGUGCAGACUGUUUGACUGCUGUGCUGCUGCUGCUGGUGUUGAGAGACUGCUGCUCCGCCAAUGGGAUGAUUCUUCUUCCUGUUCUGUGGCUGGGGUGCUUGGUGGCUGUGGUGUGGAACAAGUUCUGUGGACUGUUUCACAGCUGAGGGCAGAUGUAGCAGGAAGCUUUUAAGAGACAGUCAGUCGCCUAUUAUAUAAUUAUAUACACACACACACACAAGCACGCAAACACACACACCCUCCCUCAUCACACAAAAACAAACACACAGUUUAUGAUGUAAACAAAAACAGUUUCCGCUUGCCUCGCGGUCUAUGUGUGUGUUUGUAUCCCCGUGUUGGAUUAUGUUCACAUUUGGGGUUGUUUGGAAGUUAUGUGUGUGUAUACUUACCUUUAUAGGUAUCAACAGGUGUGAAUGUUCGCACGAAAGGCACGAACACACAUUUAAUCUUCAAGAGGGGACUGUUUCAUGUUUGUUAUGUAAGUUCUGUACCUUUAGCCUGCACACGCGUUUGUCUGUGUGUGAGUGACAUAGAUGUGUAACUACCGAUGCUUGAUAGCUUGUGAGUGCAGGAACCCGAGUGAACUAUAUUUUUCUGUGUGUUUGUGUGCGUGCGUGUGAUGACCACACAUCAUGGCCACGAUGGAGGGGAGGGGUGUGCCUUCCUAAGGACGAAUGACUCCGAAAGCGAAACAUUGAACUAUCAACCAUCUUUUUGCAAGAAAGACCUGUUACCUGUGCCACUGUAUCUACUUUGGAUAUCCUGCAAUAACCAAAGAAAAUGUAAACUGUCUAUAAUACAUAUUUGUUAAAGUUUCAAGGGAUCCACGUGUUUCACAGCAUGCUGUAAGGAACGGGUUCGGAUCCACACCGCACUGUGACAAAAAUGUGUCUGCGGUUAUUGAAAAGGUGACAUCGUCCUUGCGAACUGUUUGAGUAUGGUUGAAGCUGCGAUAUGCUUAUCGAACUGUUGAUAAGAAAUGUCCCCACUUAACCAGAGAAUGUGGUUACAAAAAGUAAUCUUUGUUUCAUCCCCAACUGUGACUGCUGCUAGGACACAUUGUGGCUUAGCUGUCAUUUCAGGUUCAGCUGAAAGCCUUCGACUUACUAAACAGCUGAGAGACUGCCAUUUUGUUCACAGAGAAAAAAAACAACUUAAAGCCAGUUAUAUUCAAAUUUAUUUUUAAGUGUAUAUGCACACAUACUCAUUUUUUUCAGUUAUUCGUUUUCGUAGUGUAGAGCACUAAUGUAGGUUGAGGAUUGUUAGAGAUUGUGUGUAGCCUCGUUGUAGUUCUCACUGCUCGUGUGUGAUGGAUGAAUACAGCUCACGAUGUUUUUGUUUGUUGCCCCACCCCUUGUCACUGCUUUCUGGUCUGUCUAGAGGGGAGCAGCCAGGUUCUCUCUUCGAUAGACUUGACACUGUUAUCACGAUUUUUGAGAGGAUGACUCAUGAUGAAUCAGUGCAUCAGUCUAUGUAACACGCGAACAUACUGUGUACAUAUCACUCAGUAAUAUCUUUGUAACAGAUUGUGAGCGCAUGCUGCAUUCUGACACCUGCAUUCUGUGAAACAGUCGAUUGUUUUGAUUACUGUGGUCAGAUCCCAAACAGCCCCCUGCAAAACAAAAAAGAAACACCAUGUAAAGUUCUGAAAAAACACACACAAACACAAACACACACACUUACACUUAAACACACACACACACUUACACACACACAGAUAUCCUAGAUAGAAGUGUAGCUCAACCGGAAGAGGCGACGCAUGGGUCCCUGUAAACUCACGGCGCCAUCAUGGCCGACUUCAUCCGACAAACAUCCCCAUCCACAGAAAUGUUCGCUUGGAAAACUAAGGGCUAAAACAUCGAUAAUUCGUCAAUACACUCUACAUUCAAAACAAUACAAUGCUAAUAAAUACACGUAUGGCAAUAGGCGUGUUUAAUUUUAAAACCUCACGAAUCAAUGUACAGCAAAACUGAAUGUAGGAUAGUGUAUGGAGCACUUUAAAAUAAUGAAGAGGACUACAGGGACUGAAUUUCAAUAAACAACAUCAAGCAUAUAUCAGCUAAAUAGCCCCCCACGUCCUUCUCGAUUAUCCUCCUGUAAACAAACUAACAAUAUUUAUACUUAUUCUCCUUUACAAUAAACAACAACCCCUGUCCUUUACCCGUUCAUCUAUUUUCUGUGCAUUGAGGUGAAAGUUCAAGAUAAGUGUGCAUUAGUACUUUCUGCCGAGUAAAUAAUGAAACUGCAUAAUGUAUAAAUCAUUAUGUAGCAAAUGUAAUGCAUUGUCUACAUAUUUGCAGAUGUUUAUACACUCACACGUGUCCUUGUAUUUUUGAAAAAAA